GAAAAUAAAAUGGCCGCGAUCACAGCGUUUUGGAACCGCAGAGGAGUUGUAGGCUCUCAGCCGACAGAUUCGCAGCUGAACUCUUCCAGAGAAAGCGCCGAUACAGGUAAAGUACUCACUUCAUGCUAUGGACGUCAUAUAUUAUGCAUUCGAUUUCGGUUAUCAGAAAUAUGUUUGAAUACACAAGCUUACAUUUUGGGUCCUUUUCAUAACAUUUAGUGAAAUUGUGGCUCAUAACACUUUCCUCAACGUUGAUUAUUCCGUAUAUCAAAGAAAGCGAAUCUAUUGAUUGUUUAAUUAUACACUGUUUUAAAGAAAAUAUCGACAAACACUUCUUCAAACGGAACGCAGUUUGGCCUUGGCUAUUGGACAUCAUGUAUUGCGCGCACAACUACCCCCACAGAUUAGUCAGCUAUCUGCUGGCAGAUAACUAGCUAAUAUAUAUUUGUAGGUCGUGCUGAUUUCUAAAAUCAACUGUAGGCAUUUGGCCAAUUAGAAAAGAGAUAUUGAACACUAUGUAUGAUAAUUGCUGCUUAAUUUUUGUUUACAAGAAUGAAUUUAGGUAAAAUUUUUUUGGCCUUCCAACUCUUGGUUAAAAUGCAGAAAACCUUGCCCACUAAAUAUCAGAUGAGAAAAACCUGCUCUCACAGUUGUCGAGUUGUCUGAUUUGCAUAGUAAAUUCCGACAUUAACUGCAGGAGUUUGGGAUCCCGAGUGCACUUGUAUACCUUGUUCUAUAAGCACGCCAGUUACUUGAAAUCGGUUGGAGGAGUGCGGGACUGUGGGAGCACUAGUAUACCUCGUUCUAUAAGCACACUAGUUACUUGGCAUCGGUUGGAGGAGUGCGGGACUGUGGGAACACUAGUGUACCUUGUUCUAUAAGUGCACUAGUUACUUGACAUCGACUGCGGGAAUGUGGGACUGCUGUAGCGCUAGUUUUAUGCCAACUUAAUAUUCAUUUGUAGCAACUGCAGGAGCACUCAUUAAACUCUCAUACAUUCAAGUAUUUGGCAUAAUACAACGCAACUGUAGGACUGCAGGAGCAGUUUUUCAAGUAUGUGCAAGACAUUCAGUGGCAUUCUGCAUAAAUUUACACAAAACUAUUUUAUAUGGUUCUGAUUUGGAUGUAAUCUUUCAUUCCUUAUCGCAGUAAAAAAAAUGGAAAAUUUUUGAAGCCAUGAAAUAAAUAUUUGUCGUAGUGGGUUUCGAAUUUUAUACAAGUUAGGCACAUGUAUCAUAUGUGUGGGAGGCAGCGAUUGAUUGUGUGGUCAGAGUGCAAGAAAUGCAACUCAGCUGUCUAAGGUUCAAGUCCCAAUAGAGAUGCCUCCCAUCACUCCCUAGCCAAGCCUAGCCUCCCUAUCCGAGGUAAAGACACGCAAGAGCCAAAGGCCACAUUGGCCAGAGCUUAUCCCAGUUUCCUUGGCAUGAAGCAUGCCUAGGAGUCUUGCUACUCCCCCUUAGACAGGAUGCUAGGCCAUAGCAGGGUUCCAUCCCCUCCCCCAGCAGUAUGUUCCCAGUAAGUGGGCAAAGUUUCUUGUCCAAGAAAACAACGCAAUGGGCAAGGCUUGAAUCCUGGACUUCCCGAUCCAGAGUUUGAGUUGUAAACCGCUUAGCCACACAUGCCCCCACUGAUGAUGAUAAUAGUCUGGUUUGUUUUUAAAGUGAAGAAAGGCUAAUGAUUCAUGAGCUUUUUUAGAGUUUAGAAAAUACAGCUAAAGCCCUUGAUUAUUUAUGAUUUGCCAUUAUCUUUGCAGAAAUCAUUAUUAAUACCAUAAGCAGGCUUGGAAUUGUUCAUCGUGAACUAAAAUUACCUCAACUGUGGUCAGAAGCAGCUAUUAUCAAGGCAUUAAUCUAUAAACAUGGAAACACACACAAGAAACAAAAGUACUUCCAAGGUCUAAAAAGGGUAAGAUAAUAUCAACGGCGUCAUUGAAGAAGUUACUUGCUACUGAAAGCAACAUGUUCACACUGGAUGCAUUACCCACAUUGUACCCCAGAAAGAAAUUUCACAUGGUUGAAAGUUGUAAAAUCGUUGCUUGCUUUUGAAUAAGAAGCCGAGGAUGGCCUCCUUUACAGACUGGGCUUGUCACACAAUCCUACCCUUGGUUUUCAGGAGAGGGUUGUGGUACAGGAUACAAUAUUGAAGUGACUUUUUUUCCAGGUUAUCAAGUGCUUAAACAGACUUGAAGAAAUGGCAAUUUAUGACAAGGUGGCUGAUCUGAAAAACACAUUUCCCAGGUUGGUGGUACAGUAUAUGAAGAAAUAUUACAAAUUUUGUAAUAUUUCUUUCUGUAGGAAACAAAAUACAGUCUAUAUAUUUAAGUUGAACCACUGUGUUCAAAUGCUUAUUGUUGCUAAAGCUGUUUUAAAUUUCAAUCCAUGUUCCUGUUUCUCUAAUUUUAAAUCAUCAGUCCUUAGUAAAACAGACAUUUUAUAAGCAUCAAAGACUUAACCUGAAUUUGCUUUGUUAGUGCUCAAAUCUGAAGUCACAUUUUACAGUAGCCUUGGGUUACAAUUAAUAUUAACCCUGCUUUGAACAACCCAGCCUUGCAGGUUGAAGAGUCACAAGUUGUCCUUUUAUUCUGUUACAGUGCAGCGCAAAAGUAUAAACUUAAGUGUCCAAUGCAUGGACAAAAUGCUUGCUUGUGACUAUACAUUCAAUCAACUCUUGAAAUCAUGGCAUGGUGGGUACAAAGUGUGUGCUAAUAGUCAACUAUUGUUGUUUGCAGGUUAUCAAAGCGUCGCACUCUUGCCCCUGAGACCAUAUCAAACUCUCCUACAUUUGGAAUGAUCAUCAGUACUCUUGGCUGCCUCAUUGGAGCUGCCCAACUUUUGUUACAGGUCUUUGUUACAUUAUACUGUAGGACCAGAUUUCCAUUUCUACUGUAUGUGAAAAUUGGAAGUGUUUUAAACAAGAGAAAUGAAUGAAAUAAUGAAUGUAUGAAUAUCAUAUAUAUAUUCUGAACCUUUUUUAUUUCUUGUGAAUAGACUAGUUGCAUGUUGCAUUCAUUUUUCUAUUUACAAAAUCAAAGUUCCUCCAUUUUCCUUGCUUUGCAAAUGACUCAGACCCAACAUUUUAACUUUAGAUCAUGUUCAUUAAGCAAACAUUGGAGAUGAUAUACAUAAUGAGAAAUGUUAAAGGCAAAGUUCAAGCAAUUUUAGAUAUAAAAAAUACAUGUUCCUCAAGUUUUGACCUUACACUACAGUACUGCUCAAAAGUAAGUUGACAGUCAUUCAUGUCUUGAGAAUUGAGUCUUGAGUUUUAAACUUUCAAGUCGAGAAAUAGUAAGUGUACACUUUUAUCCUUAUUCUUAUCCUUGUAGCUUUUAUCCUUUUAUAUCUUUGUGAUACAUGUAGGUGAAGUCAACCUGUCAGGAAACAUUUCAGUAUCCUUUCUCUACUAGCUUCUACUCCAUGGUUAUCAUACUGAUUUGUCUUUUCAAUGGUGGUGAUCUAAUGAGGGUGUGAAUACCAGAAAGCACUCCCUCCGGAGGGAACCAAGAACAAAAGCCUAAGAGGAAUUAACAAUUAUUAUUAACAAUAAUUAUUUUUUUUGGGCAAGGUUGAGUAAAAUAUUGUGAUUUUUAAGUGGUGAAGAGAUUACUUAUUUGCAAAAGCUGAAGGCUGAGGCAAGAAAUUGAUCCACAAGACACUUACAAAUUACAAUAUUUAUAUUUUUUACCUUUGAAUAUUUUACCGUGUUUGUUUUUUAAUGAAUAUUUUCGGAAAGGAAAGUGAUCUGCCCUGGCUUUUUAUGCAAGAGGCAUCGCAAGAGGGAGAAAAGCAUACUUUCAUUAAUAUGCAUGAGCAGAAUGUUAUUGACAGCCAAAAACAGUUGAACGACAUUGCGUAUGAGCACACCAUUAUUUCUAGGCAGUUAUUUGCAGGCCUCAUGGUGGACUCUCGGCCUAUGAAAAGGAAGAAAAAUUUGCAUCGGAUGAUAAAUAAUUUUAGUGUUUUUUUUUUUCAAACAUGCUUGCUUAUCAUCACCCUAUCUGAUGAAAGAUGAUAGAUUGCUAUUUUGCAUUAUCAAUGUGUAUAGCAUUGCUACUUGACAGACCAUAGCCUUUUCAAGGGUGGCACUUAACAGUCAGCUAUUUGGACAGCCUUGGAACUGCUACUAAAAUUUUUGUUUCAGAACAGUGUCCUAUGAGGCAAUCCACAAAAAUCAUCAUACAAUGCAACCAAGAGUUUCAGAAUAUGUAUGGCUUAAGAACUUGUAUUACUUGUAGUUCUUAACUGCCUCUAAUCCAAGUGAGUGUUAGGGGAAUGUUAUGCUCUAAGAAUACGCUCAGUCUAUACAAUGAACAUUAUUUGUUGUCUUUUCUGAAGGCAGGACAAAGCUUGGGCUACUCAAUAGUACCCUAUAUGUUUGUCAUACAUAAAUGAGUUUGUUUUAUCUACCCCAUUUAUGUUGGUAUUAUCACACUAUGAAACACAGCCUUGACUGUAAUAAGAUAUUCAUGUUCACAUUUGGCUUUUGGACAUUUUGUGACAUUCCACUUGACGUGCUGUUCAAGUUUAAGUAGAAUAUGGUAAGUGUUACAAUAUGGCGCGUACUGUAUCCACAAGACUAUUUUGCCUGUACGAUUUACUUUACAGUUCCAACAGAUCCUUUUCAGGUUGUACUUUUCAGAUAGCAUUAAGGGAUCUGUAAUCUCUUGGAAGACUGGGAAAAACACAAAUUUCUCUUUUCUUUUUUUUCCUUAGCAUUCUCUGUUGGCCUUUCCCCUCAUCUUCUUAACUUGUCAUGAACACAAGGACAGGGACUCCCCGAUUUUGUUUGAGGGAAGGGGUGGCUGUAGAUACACCAGUUUUUUGAAAUUUAUUUUUCCUCUGUAGGGUUCUUGUCAGAAGUUUUUUGCUAGUCAUCUCAGAAUGCUAUGAGAUUAUAUUUCCGUGGCUGAACAUUGUGGCAGAUCCAGAACAGGUUAGUGAUUGACAGAUACGUCAGCUGAAGCUAUUGCUUGUUCAAAAAAAUGCCUGGCACUGUCUCUGAUUGUAAUAAGGUACAGUGAAUCUUUUAAUUUUUUCAGGUAGCCAAAUCUGAAGCCAAGGAUCUUCCCAAAAGUAUUGAAACAUGGCUUGAAACUCGGAAUAGCUAUCGCUCUAAAGACAACAGGUUUGUUUCUUUUCAAUGACUGUUUUCAAAAGUAAACAGAUUCGCCAUUUAGAACAUGACAGUAAUAUGUUGAUAAUGCCAUAAUGUUGCUGACAUUUUCUUUCAUAAAUUUGUAUGUUAGGAACUUUUUCUUUCUGGGCUAACAAAAAAAAUUGCUUAAUGACAUGUCCCUUGAAAACUAGCCUCUGGUGCUGCAUGGAGAAGGAAUGCAUGACAAAGCCAUGAGAAGAUCUGUGUGAGAGGCUACUUGAAACUAUUUCUUUUUGUUUCACUUGAAUCUCAUUGUUUCCCUAGGGUCCCUACUGUUCCCCUUGAGACAGGCAUGGAAAAAAGAAAAAAAUCUCAAGUACCCAAUAGGAUCUGAAUUUAUGACAUCUUAAACACUGGGCGGGUGCUCUAUCCACUGAGCUAUGGAGAGACUCAUAGAGUUAGAGAAAACUGUUUUGUGAGAGGUGAAAAUAAUGGUAAAUUUUAACUGUAGUAGUGAAUGAAAAAGUACCCUGCGAGCAGUGGUUUUUCCAGGCUGGAUGCUACGCUACGAAGGGAGAGAGUUAUAAGCGUCCCGUAGCUCUCCCAUGGUGUCCAACCUGGAAAAACCACUGCUCGCAGGGUAAUGAAAAAGAUGUUUUUCUUUCACUACCAAGCUUGAAAUUUACCCUUUUUUACCAAUCGACAUUUCCCAUGUAAGCUGAGACAAAAAAAUCUUGGUAUACAGCAAGGAUGAUCUUGCCAUUUUCGGUGGUCUGGUCUAGAUAUGCAUCCAAGCCUGUCAGUCAUUAGUGCAUUACCUUAGCAAAAUGUACUUCAGUCAGAUGGAGGUUAGCACAUAGUGCCCGGCUAAGAUGCAAUGUUCAUUAAUAAUUCUGCUCUUCUUGCAGCAAGUUUCGCACACCAUCUCAAAAUAUUUUUACAUCAGGAACUCUGGACAAACUUUUUGCAUCAACUCCGAGACACAAUCCUAAAGGUAACAUACAAGAUUAAAAAUAGAAUAGUUACUCUCUUUUUUCUCACACUUAGAUAAUUUUUAAACUCUGUCAACAACAGCAUCGUUACAAGAAAGCUUUCUCCUUCACUUAUUCUGGUGCUUUUACUUCUUUAUCUCAAUUGUUAAGCAUCUCCUCAGUUAACCUCCCUCGUUUGAAAGAGAUGCACCUCCGCCAUCCCCACCACUUCUUUGGCUGAAAUUUCAUGUAAGCCCCAGGGCGAGAAAAUAUGGUACGUAGAAAUUCUCUUAUGACCAACAACUAAUUAUAAAUUAUCAACUUUUUGUUGAUUAGGAUCUUUUCCCAGGGAAUUUGACGCAGAAACUCCACCAGGAAUGUCUUAUGAUCUUGGAGACAACUCUUUCAUUCCUGACGAAAUCAGCAGUUCAAUGCAGGGUAGAGGGUUUGCCGCGGAAACUGGAUCAGGAAUGGCUUAUAAUCUUGGAGAGUCGUUUAUUCCGGGCGAAAUCAGCAGGUCAUUGCAGGUUAGUUUCUAUAAGUCAGUACUGAGAUUGCCCGCUGUUUGGUUACUAAAGCCCAAAAGGAGCGUAGGCGGUUAAGUCUAACGGAGUACCAUUAUUAGAUGCCUCUUAUAAUUGUACGUAUGUAGAAAAGUAUGUAAGAAAGAUUAGAGCAAGAACUUUAUUCACGUGUCGAAGCAAAAUGUUUCCCUGUAAUAGCCUGCGUGGCAGGCGCAAAAAGGGGAGGGAGAGGGGGAGGGAGAGGGGGAGGGAGAAAAGCACGAAAGAGGGGAAAGGGAAGGGAGUCCCUUCCCCUCCCUCCCCUAGCUACCCCCUCCCUUUUUCCCUAUCCCUACCCCUUUCGACGCCUGCUACGCAGGCUACCCAGUAAAGGCAAUUGCUUAUUGAAAACAUACUACUUGCAACUCUGAAAUCCAGUUUACAGGGGCAAGUCCUUCAUUAAUUGAUUGAAUUUAAUCUCUUGUCCAAACGACUGCUAUUCGGUUUUCUUAUGUUCCUCCUCCACUACUGACUGUACUGACGGUAGUAAAGUUCAACUGCGUGUUUCAGCUGUACGAGUUCAGUUAAUAGGCCUUAGCCUGCGAACAAGCUUUCCAUCUAGUAGCCUGCGUAGCUGGCGGUAUUGUGUGGAUGCGAGAUUAAAGUUUGGUCGCCGCUCGUGACGGCUCCGCCGUCAAAUCUCACUCGACUAUAUUACAACGGCUCUGCCGCCAAAUCUAACUCGACUACUACGCAAUACCGCCAGCUUCGCCAUCCAUUUGGGGACGUCGCGAGAAGUCAUGCUGGAGCGGCACGCGAAACGAGACGCGAGAGCGAGAAGCGAGGAAAGAAAUCUCCCGCCACUUGCGGCUCGCUUAGCUCGCCAGAAAUGGAGAGCUUACUACGACAGGCUCGUUGCAGGUGGUCAGUAGGGAGCUUUAGCAUCGACAAUGGCAACGACAGUGAAAACGUCACUUUUAAAAUGAAUUCGCGUUUAUUCCAAUUUGCUGAACAUGGCAAAUGUAGGCGGAUUUCCCUGGAGUUGAUUUCUUGAGGAGCGCACUCAACUUUAGAGAGGGAAAAAGAAAUUCGUCGUCGCUCGUUUACGUCCUCCAUAAAACUUACAAUUAGGCAUUUUCACGUCGUAGUCGUGCAAGGACGGUAAAGAAAUGUACAAAAAAGCGUGAUGCACGUGAAAAGUUGUUGUUUUGCGUAAUAAACCGAUCGCUUUUCUGACGUCCUCGUUGCCGUCGCCGUCGUCGUUGCUAAAGCUCCCUAGUCACGUGGUACACAGACGCACUGGGGCGUGUCUUGCUUUCCAUCAUGGAGGUAUUGUACCACAUGACUGACCACCUUCAGAGGCCCUAUUUUUCCCGCCAUUAUUGACGAGGAAUUCUGACAAUUCGCAUCUCUGUUAUAGGAUUCUGAUGCCCAGGUUGGAGAACAAAAUAUCACCUUCAAACGAAAAUUAGUUGCUGAAAACACCGAGAUAGCUACAAAGCUGCACGAGUUAGCUGGAGAUCAGAGUGUCAACCUCGAACGAAAAUUAGUUGCUGAAAACACCAAGAUAGCUACCAAGCUGCACGAGUUAGCUGGAGAUCAGAAUGUCAACCUCGAACGAAAAUUAGUUGCUGAAAACACCAAGAUAGCUACCAAGCUGCACGAGUUAGCUGGAGAUCAGGAUGUUACCCUGAAACAAAAAUUAGUUGCUGAAGACACCGAGAUAGCUACAAACGUUCACGAGUUAGCUGGAGAACAGGAUGUCGCCCUUAAACGAAAAUUAGAUGCUGAAAUCACGCAGAUAGCUACAAAGCUGCACAAGUCUGCUGAAGAUCAGACUGUAAUCCUCAAACGAAAAUUAGUUGCUGAAAACACCAACAUAGCCUCAAAGGUGCAAACGUUAGCUGAAGAUUGUUUUGCACGAAAGGAUAAUGUUGUCGAUUUAAACAAGGAAAUAACAGAAUUACCAGCCACAGAAGAAAAGAGCAGAAAAAUAACAAAGAAACAUGAGACAGACAUAAAGCUUGUAUUGCCUAGAAGUGAAUCGAAGAGAUUUACAUUGCGUAAUAGGAUUCACAUUUAUAACAGCAAACGCUGGAAGGAGUGUAAAGAAAAAGCUCUCCGAAAAAAAGAGAAGCAAAAAUUAUGUCGAGGAAGACUACAAUCAAAGAAGGGUAAACACACCAUUACCACACGAGAAGGGAAAGAUAAACCUGAGACUAGUGCAAGAUUGUCAACUGCCGAAGACUUUGUUGAAAAUCAAAAGUCUUCGUUGUUGGGGAAUUCAGUCUCUUGUCAUGCAAAUUCGAAACAUCAGAAAUCAAUGAAGUUUAAUUUUUUUAUUUAAUGAAAAUACGAUCGAUCCGAAAUAUAGAGGUGGACUCCGCGUAAUGAGCUACAAUCAAGAAUGGUAUAAAAAAAGACUGUUGUUGGCCAAAUUCGCAUUUUUUUUCGCGCGCUUUCAACUCUGCAGUUAACGAAGGAGUUCCUGGAAAUGCGGCUUGAAGUUUAUGGUAAUACCUCUUAGGCCUAGGCCAAACGUCGAACUUUUCAUGAGACGAUCCAAACUGUCAUUUGGGUCGACCAAAAUUAAGUUAAGAUCGUCUGUUGUGUCAGACGUCGAACUUAGGACCCGUUGAACCAACCAACUGGAUCAGAUAAGAAGUAAAUUUUCUCCCGAAUGAGCGAGGCUAAAUAUACAUUAUCACACAAAUUUUUAAUAUAUAAGUUUAGUUCGUCGCAUGUGAAGAUAGACGUUUGUCCUGGAGACGAUCUUUAGAAAUUUUCUCCGUCUGACGCCGAUGGAUAGAACGUGUUGGGACGAUCCAAACUCAUUCAGACGAACUUAACUGAGCCAGACGUCGAACUUUUCAUGAACUUAACUCGCUAAGUUUGGUUCGUCUGAUGAAAAGUUCGACGUUUGGCCUUGGCCUUAGUAGUUUAUUAUAAACUGUGAAAUAUUGAUGCCAAGGAAACCGUAAUAAAAGGGUGGCGCAGUGGUGGGAGCACUCGCCUCCCACCAAUGUGGCCCGGGUUCGAAUCCUGGCGUUCGAAUCCUUGCUCCGAGAGGUUUUUCUCCAGGUACUCCGGUUUUCCCCUCUCCUUAAAAACUAACACCUUCAAAUUCCAAUUCGAUCUGGAACGCACGGACACGUUUCAGCGAGUUCUUAUGAACUCCUUAGUGAUCCGUGGGUAAACAAAUUACAAUUACCAAAAAAAUAACGCCAAAAACGCCGCCUAGCAUCGUGGAUUAAUCAGAAAAAAAGCGAUGAUACUUGUAGUAACUUUAUCUCGAAUUUGCGCCUAAACAACAGCUAAAACUUUUCGUCUAACUUCCUUAAUUUUAGUUUUUUAAAGCCCUGUGACAACAGACGCAACAUUGUUGGAUGUUACAUGUUGCGUCCAUUUGCACACCCUGUUCCAUGUUGUUGCGUGUUGUUUUUGCAACAUUGUUGGGCCAAGAUGUUCAUGUCGUGUCCGGUUGCACGUAAACAUUGGCGAAAAUCUGACAGCUCAGCUAAAUGUGGAGCGACAACAGGUACUCCACACGUUCGAAGUCCCUCCUCACGUGCACCCCUUCUUCCUCCAAGGAACUUUCUCGCAGGCUACCUUCGUUUCUAACUUUGUUUCCUUUAGACGUGAAUAUAUUAGCUGGCCCAGUGACGAAUGCAGGCAUGAAAGUUCCAUAAACAAUGUUCAGAAACCCCAUCAAAAUGUAAUGAUCGAGUGGGAAAUAAUAUUGCAGGAUAAACUCAAUAUUGAAAAAUACACAAAGCAUAAGCAAAUAGUAAGCUGUAAAGACUGAGAAAAGUUCACAGACUUCCUUCAACGGCAAAGAAGUCUGGGUCUCUAGAGUAUACUCUUUCGGCUCAGUCCAUUUUAUCCUGGUCCCAGAAAGCAAAAACAAUAAACUCAGGCCGACAAAAUUGAGGAUCAUGAUAUAAAGGUUAGUCGCCACUGAAGCAUAACUUACUAAGGCUUCAAUGAACCUUUGCAGAAGCCAAAGGAUUGCAAAGUUUGUAAUUGUCAUUCCCAAUGUUGCUGAUACCAACUUUAAAGUAGAUGCUGUGCGAAUUUUGUGUUUUAAUGGGUGUUCGGGCUUGUCUAAACUAACAGCUUCCAACUGUGCGAAGUUACAAACUGCAAGAAAUACCCCAGUCUUCUGCAGCUCUUUGAGUAAACAGCAAUAUUCAUAGUUUUGAUCGACGUGUUUGUUCCACGCAUCCACGGUCACAGCGACAAGAAUCGUGACUUGAAAAACAAACUGACAUAUUACCCAAGGCGUGAGGUAUCUGUUUUCUUUCCUAAGGCAGCCUAAUAGCAUUCGUAUAUUGAAGAACAAUCCCAGUAUGUCAAGACCCACUAUUGAAAGCAAAUAAGGCAGGGGACUCAUUUUCUCAUUAUUCCGUACCAACUGACAUCAAGGCUGGUCUGUUAUGUAGAUAACCUAGUGAUAUUUGACCAAUAUCAUCCGAACGUGCCGGAACCUUUCCCACAAUACUUCGCCGGGCUUUUCGAAUCCACUUCUCAUCAGUGAUGUUAGUAAAUUUAGUCUUUGAAUCAGUGUGUACACAGGUAGCCCAGGCUCGAAAUAUGAGCAUCGGCGAGCAUCGGCAUUGUUGCGUAACAUUCAAAAUAUAAGGAUUUGUAUGGGAAAAAAACCUAUCGUUUCUGUAACCUACGAAAAUGAAAGGAUUUCAAUAAACAACAGCUUACCUUACUUAAAAUGUGUGUUACAUCUCUCCUGUGUGGUCCACGGGCCGAUUUAUGGUCGUUUUAUGGGUCUUUAUGUGAACGGUUUUCUCUCUAUAUAAAGGCUUAAACCUCUAUUAUAUAUUUCGAACUUGGGCUACCUGUGGUGUGUAUUGAUUCAUAUAUGAGCUUUUUCUUUCUUUUUUUUGCUUAAAAACAGUUAACUGCGAAUUAACAAUCUUACAGCGAAUUUUACACAUGUCCAUAGGUACACUUUUUUACUUGAAAACCGAAAAUUCUUUCCUAUACUGAAAACAUUAAUCUCGUCCGGAUGGACGGUUUUGAAAUCGGUCUUCGCCUGUCUUCGCCUAUACGUGAAGGCUCCGCCCAACUGCAGCUGGGGGCCCUUUUUCAUGCUUCAGGUAUAUAAAAAGGUAGGGACUUUCUUAAGUUGAAGAAAAGUAAAAACCCACAUAUAAGAACCUAGAAUUUUCGAGGUCAGGCUGAACAGGUUCUUAUAUUUUAGUGUAGUUUUUCACAAUUCAGGCUGAUUAGGUUGUCAUAGUGUAAUCAUUGGCAGAAAUAUUGUACCACCAAUACAUAUCAAGUUCAAGGUCCAAGAAGAACAUCAAUACAUUUCUACAUUUUUUAAAUAAGAUAUUUAGAUUUUAAAUCGUUUCUAUAGCAAGGUAGCUUUAUGGAAAACAUACUUCUUGUGAAACUCCAAACAAAUGUAAAUCAAAGGAAACAUAUACACUAUUAUCUUUUGUCAAAAGUUUCUCACACAAUUAAAAUCGAGAAUUUUGACCAUCAAAACUGGAGUGAUUGUUUUGUAUAAGGGCCUAUUUUUCUUUUCAGGCUGAACAGGUUCGUAUAUUUUUGGGCAUUUAAAUGCCAAAUUCAGCUUGUAGGCUCUUAAAUCACUAGGUUAUUAUAUGUGGUUUUAGCUGGGUUUUUACUAUAUAUACUAGACAAGUAUCCGCAAGAGUCGUGGAAUUGGUUCGUUAAGAGUAGCAUCCCAAGGGCUCUCUUGCCUGUUCUUAAAAACUUUCGCCGCCGUUUAUUCCGACCCAACUGACCUCUUCUGGGACUCCGUAAGUGGAUGGCAUUGGGUCAACAAUUUAGCGAAUUGCUCACUUCUAUCAUUAAAAUAAAAAAGUGACAAAAGUCAGACAAACACGAAGGUAAAUAUUUGUUUCAAAGCAGAAAAGGGUUGUUAAUCUGCAACUUGUAUUUUUCGGGGGGAAUAGCACAGAUGAAUAUGAAAAGUGGGGAUAUAAAACUGAAUUGAACAAUAUGCUACUAUCACGACUUGCACAUGCGCCGUGUUAUGACACACGCCAUUAGUUAGUGCCCUGAGGCUUUGAAGGCCCUUUCAUAAGCCCGCCUUGCUUCAGUGUGUUGGUCCAAAAUAAGUUUAUAGAAUAACGAUCGACUGGGAAAAGAUAUGAAUCUGCCAUUUUUCUUGCUUGUAAUUGUAGCUCUUGACUGCAUAGGAUUCAUUUCUAAUACACGAAUGCUCUUCAGGCUUUUAAGCUGCUGCUUCAGGAAAGAAAACAAGUACAGAUACCUGGUUCCUUGGAUGACAUGUCAGUUUGUUUAUCAAAUAGUUUUUCUAGUGACAGUGACCAUGUACGCGUGGACCAUUUAUAUCGACGACAACUACGAGUAUUGCUGUACACUAAGACGCCUCAAGGAAACUGUGGAAAUUCUUGAACUUUUAAACCUGUUUCACUUGUGAUGUUUGCAAUUUUGGGGAGCGAAACUGAACAAAAGGUUCGCGGACUGAUACUCCUACACUGAUAAUAUCGGCGGCGUUGCCUGGUAUGGCAAUCAUGAACUUCGCAAUCCUGUUUUGGCCCCUUCAAGAGUUAAGUCGAGAUAUUGCGAACCUGGCGAUCUUUUCCUUGUUGAUCUUCAACGUUCUCGACCUAAAGUUUCUCUAUUCUUGUUUCGCACCUAAAGAAAAUUGCACUGAGGCGGUGGAAAAUACAUUAGAAGGGUUGAUCUUCUCUCUGGAUAAGGCAACGGAAAAUAUAUCGCUGGAGUCACUACUGUCGUGGAGGAAUUGUCUUAAAGACAAAUCUCUGGCACAUUUCUCAGGCAUUUUGUCCUUAGUCAUCUUUACUGUGUAUGUACCGUCGUCCAGAGUAGCCUUUUACUUCGGUAGCACCCUGAAACAGAUCUCGCUCUGCACUUUGUUAUAUAUUUUUUGGAACUUUCAUUCCCAGUUUCUUUUCUCUGUGUGUAUUAAUUCAAUUUCCAGAAAACUGAAGUCGACUUAUGUAUAAGGAGAAUUUCCACUAUAGGCUUUAGAAAUAAACGUAAAAAUAUCAGUUCAAGUAAAGUAAAAUUUAAAAUUAUUCACACUUAAAAUGACAUUGUUCUUAGAAAAUUUUAUUCCUGUUGCUUGUCUGUAUGUAUUGAUUCAACUUUCACACAACGGGAGAGGACCGUUGGACAGCUUCUCCACUAUAGGCUGAAUAAACUAAAAAAUAUUUCAGGUCGAUUGAUAUUUAAAAACUUCAAAGUAAUUAUUUUCCACAGAAGAACUUCAAAUGAGCUUUAAAAGUUUGUUUCUAAUAAGAUAAUUUUGAUAUUGAUCGCAUACCAUGUUCACUUUCCUCAAAGCUCAUGAAACCGCAAAUUGGCCAAAACGUUUGUAUAAACAUUUUCUGGCUUUCACUGUGACCCAAUCAAUGACAAAAAAUUGAAGCCAUUCAAUAAAUGAAGUCACUGUCUUUCCAAGAUUUAUGCCUGUGCGUACGACAGAUUCGGAGAAUGUUUUUUUUACCCUAACCUUCUAAUGCGUCUUCGUUUUGAUCCUCUUAGUUUCAAGAGCGUCUUCAAAUCGAUGCUUUUCCGAUAAAACGUUCAGUGUGUUAGUGUGUAUGCAGAGCACCUAAACACAUCGAAAUGUACGCGUUUUCAAACUAAACCGCAUUGGUGUGGAAGGAGCGUUCGAAUUAGCCAAUGAUAAAAGCGUAUGUGAAAUGCUCGCGUUCACCGGGUAGUCAUGGAGAUCCCGGCAGAAGCGCAGCCUAGGAGGGUCCUUGACCGAUUUUCUUUUCUUUUUUACUUUUUACUUCAGGUUUUCAUUUUGUACUUUUUGUUUUUCACUUUUUAAUCUGCCGUUUUGAGUUUAUUUUUUCUACUAUUUGAGGUUUGUUUAAGUUUUCCUUUUCAAGGUUUUCAAAAUGAAUUUGUCCUGCUUCCACUCUCUUAGCCUGCCAAAACAGACGUUUCUCCUUGCUCAUCGCCGCUGGGGGUUCCCAGGCUACCACUUUCUAAUUACAUUUUGUUUUGAUUUUAUUUUUUUGGUUAUUCUAUUUUUUUUCGUCUUUUAGUUUUCAUUUUUAACCUUUUAAUAUUUGUUUUGAAGUUUUUGCUUUUUAUUACUGAAUUAAAUAUACAUUCUUGAAAGAAUGAAAGAUGGUAAAUUUUAAACUCGGUGAAACAAAUGAGAAUAUGAAAUGACAUGCUGAUUAAUUCAUUUUCACAUAUACAUUCUUUAUGUUUUUUAGUAUUCAAUUUUUAAUUUAUUUUGUAAGCUUUCUCUCUUGUUUCAAAAAAUCAAAAAAGAAGAAAUCAAAAAUAGGUCCACCCUGUAGGCGAACAUGUGGCGAGUGUUAAAUGGUCAAACAGGGAGAAGAAGUUUAGUACACAUAAGGAUAGGUCGUGCUCUCCUUGGAUGAACCGGUUCUGGUAGAUUUGCUUUAGGUUUCACUAUAGAAAAAGACUUUUGCUUUGUUUGUAGGUCUUAUUUUUUUAUCGUUUUAUCGUUUCUUACGCAUACUGAUACAGGACAAGUUUUAAGUAAUUCUUUUUAACGUUACAUUGCAGACUAUAGGAAUUAACAUCAAAAUCGACGUGGCCUAUUGUUAAUUUUUUUUUUUAUAGUUUGACUCGUAAAAGGUUUCUACUUCGUCUGGAGUGAAGUUGUAAGUUCCUGCCAGGAAUGUUCGGGCGAAGUUGCUGCUGUAGCUGUACCCACUCGGUGCGCUGUAAGUCCAGCUCAGGUUGCAGUAUGAAUAGCUAUUGGAUGACGCGGAGCUGGAAAUGAGAAUGUCAUGUCCUCCUCCAAAUGUGGGACCAUACGAUGACUGAAAACGGAUCGAAUUGGCGUUUCUUCCUGUUUGAGACAGUUUAACAGGUGCCCAUCCUGGCUUGUUCACCAGUGAAAACAGAAAGGCUUUGGGGUCGGCGUGAUACUUAUUGCUGGAAUCUAUCAGAAAGAAAAGAAAUGGAAAACAGCGGUCACUAGCGGCGCCAUCUUGAUACUCACUUGUGAAACCAUCUCCCAUGUACACAGAGUCCCACAGUCACGAAAUAAAUGUUUGUUAAUAGUAGUUUACUUUCCUCAUAUAAACUUGUUUGAGUUGUAGUUGACAGUUUUUAUUUGUCAAAACAAAACAAAGCAACUCUUAACUCUGCAAUCACAGUUAUCAAAAUAUAAGAAAUAAUAAACGCACAGCCGAUUGAAAUGCCUCACCACCAGUUACAUUUAUGUACAUUUUCUAAGUUGUAGGCGCAUUGAGGAGUCAGCUGAAUCCGUCACCCUAAUAGCUUCGAUUUUUGUUGUUUACAAGAUCAUAGGUUCCUAUCGCUUGUGUCUCCGAUUACGACUCCUACUCCAUUGCUAUUGAGAACCCCACUCCUUUUUUCUAGAGCUCUAAGCCUUUUAAUCCGUGGUUAUUUAAAUUAUAUUUUUCACCCUUCCAAAGCUCGCUUGAAUCUAGUAAUUUCGCAAUGCCCCUAAUCCUCUUUCCAACCUGAGAUCAGGCCCAAUUUUAGCGGUUCUCAUACAUUCUCUCUAACGGCUACCGCUAAAAUUGGGCCUGCUCUGUUUUCGUUUCGCCUUGCCCGCCGGAAUGUUAUUACAAAGCGAAACGAAAAUUGAGCCUGAUCUCAGGUUAUCCUCUUUCCAUCGAUUUUAGGUUUUUUAAAGAUAUUCCUAAUCUUUCCAUCGUAAUACUCCUUUUGAUUUGAAAGUUACAUCUAAAUUUAUAACAUAACCAAAGUAAAUCGCGCGCUCUGAUUGGUCAGUUAGCCACUACCAUUUGCCCGUGGGUGCACGCCAAGAAACUGAGCUGGCGCGGUAAAAUUUAGGUAAAUUUAACAAAUCUCCUCUCCUGACGGUAAAAUACACCGAUGAAAUGCACAGAUGGAAAGUGGAAGUUGGAGAAAAUACUAAGCUGUCGUUUUGAAGGAAAAAAGACAAAAGACCAGGCCCGUAACCAGGAUUUUUUAUGGGGUGCUAACAAGGCCAAAGCGGACACAACUACGGAAAUGUAUUUUUUAUCGUCUGAUCCGUUUAUUUAGGAAAGUAGCAAUACAUGAGAAAUUGUAACGGCAAAGAACACGGUAGGAACUGAAUAUUACAUUUUUCGAAUACAACUGUUUGAAUUUAGUUAUAAAGGAGUAAUUUUACGAUGUAAAAUGAUACAUCAAAAUACUGCGGAACUAAUCCGUCAGAACAGUUCCGAGCUCCAGCCUCCGUGGGUGUAGCGACUAAAUCUCAGAGCGUAAUAAUGGGAUCAAGACUGGUGGACAUUGCGAAAAUGAGUAUGAUUUACCGUUUAUAUCUCGCUGUAAAACUGUAGUUAACUGAGAUAGAUCUGAACCCGUGGUUUCAGCUGGGCUGUCGUCGCAGACUGCACUGUCAUUGUCAGCGUCUGAUAGCUCUUGACGGGGUACUUUACUGACCCAUUGCACAGGAAAAAAUAACGUAUUCCCAUUUUUGGAUAUUUUAGGGUAUUUAAAGAAUACCCAUAUAAAUCCCAAAUUUGGCAAAGUGAGACAAGUCCCAACCGGGGAAUUCCCAACUAAGUUCCCAGAUUGGGACUUGUCUCACUCUUCCAAAUUUGGGAUUUUUGUGGGUAUUCUUUAAAUACCCUAAAAUAUCCAAAAAUGGGAAUCCGUUAUUUUUUUCCAGUGUUGUAUCGAGACACUGGCAAGAUUUAGCUGCAGCCUUCCUUUUUCUAUUUUCCUGUUCUCUCCUACCCAUCACGUAUUACACAAAAAACUAAUUUUGCAUCGUCAGGCGUUCAUGCGCUCGUACAAAUGAGGGCUCGAAAUUAAAAAAAAUGUCUGGUCGCAAAUUUGCGACUAGUUACGAAAAUUUGGUCGCAACUUUAAAAAUGUUAGUCGCGAGAUUAAUUGAGGCCAUUUAAUCAAGAAAUAAGUAGGCUUUUAAAUGAUUAACGUUUUAAUUUUCAUUCUUUCAACAGCUUUCAUGUCAUUUCGAGACUUAAUAGUACAGAACGUUUAGCGUCUCGGACAACACCAGUUCAUCUAAACGAUCAAGUUGAACCUGCGUUAAGGCACAUAAAUUAGUGUCUGUUAUUUUAGUCAAAGCGAUAGAUUUCCAAAUCAUGAACAGAUAUUACAGCAGGAAACUGCAGUUCUUAAAUGCCUCCAAUCUCUGCAAAAUAGCAAUAACAUUUGUACUGGGCGGACAUCCGACAUGGUUAUAGGUUACGUUACGUAACUAAAUUCCUUUAGUUUUACCUUUUGCAGGUUUUCCACCGAUGACAAAACAAGUAACGAAUUCUUUUCUAUAUUAAGCUUUACAUCUGAAGUAUCAGGGGUGUUACUACAGUGAUUAUUCAAAGAACCCUAAAGGACUGAAUCAUUCAAUACGACGAUACGUGCCAUGCGGACAUUCCGCCAUCUUUGUUUGCUAAACCUCGUUUUCAUGUAUACGUAGAUUCAUCUCGAGGAAGAUUACUGUAUCUUGGUUUUGGCUGCUGACUGAUUAAACGUGAGAAUUCCUGUUGUUUUCUUGACUAUAUAACUUUCGCUCGGUCGAUUUCUUCGUUUAAAAUGUGACCUUUGAAACAAUUUAAGUCACUUUCAUCCGACAUAAUUGACUCACUAAAGAAGAGCACAUGUGUACUGUGAGGGCCGUAACGCGGGUCAUAAACGCGGGGAAAGUCCUCAGCAUGCUUGCGGGACUGUCAGCGGCAAAUCAAAACGAAAUAUGAGCCUGCAAUGUACAUGUUUACAGAACCCGCUGAAAAUGGCGUGCUGUUGAAGGAAUAUCGUUGCGUGAAUGCAUUCCAGGUAAAUUACGGUAAACCUUCAGAUUGUAACAAAAUUAUAAGACGCUACUUCAAUGAAUCUUUUUAUUUCUAAAUUUGUUUAAGCAAAAAUUCAAGUGCUAGUCCUUUUAUUUCGUAUCAGUUAAGGCAAAACCUAGUCGCAAAUUUGCGACUACUCUCGUUUUUCUAGUCGCAAAUAAGAAAACUUAAGUCGCAAAUGCGACCGUAUCGGUCGCAAUUUCGAGCCCUGCUGAAAUAGAGAAUCCUACCCGACGCGUUAGCGGACGUGUCUGACAAAAAUCGUGAGAUCGCUCCCUUGUCAUUGUCUCGCUCGUCGUAAACUCCCGUGCAAAGCCUGCGCCCCGGGACCUGCGCACGUUAAUUUCAUUAUUCAUUUACAUAAGCUCGGACAUCUGUGCGCUCAUUGAAAUGCUCUGAAUGGCUCGGGCUACUAGAGUGUAGCUGGUUUUAUUUUCCCAGUGAAUACACCACUGCUUUUUCCAUUCUUUGAUUUUGGUUGAAAUAUCAAUGCACUGUUAUGUUUGAAACUUCAGUUUAAUCGACUGCACGCCUUAACUUGGAUAUUGAGUAUCAAAAUGCGGACCUUUGGGGCCUGUGGGGAGGUGCGAACGCACCCCGUGCACCCCCCCUGGUUACGGGCCUGAAAGAUCAAGCGACAAAUUUGCCCUGGAUGAAUUAAUUACUGUUUUCCUAGCGGCUAAAUCGGCUGAAGGAAAAUCGAGCGAGCGAAGAUUUAAGGUACAUUUUGUGUGUUUUUUAUAGAAGAGAAAGUCUGUUUGAAAUGUAAAUGUAUCAAUUACCAUUGUGUUAUUGACUUUUUGGUCAAGCUGAAGCUAAAUUCAAGUAAAUAUUUUAGGAAACACGCUCAAAUUCGAGACAGCUUUGUUGUGAAGUUUUCAUCGCAUAGUUUAAAACUUUUAGUUGAGUUUCAACGGGCACAUUACGCUGGAAUAAGCGAAUUUCAUUUGAGUACAGAAACAUUUGGGUUUUCAAAUAAAUUUUUCAAAAAAUAACUUUUGUGUGUAUUAUUUUGUUCCUCAGUGUUCAUUCGUAACAGUCGUUCAGAGAACGGUCGAAAAACAACAGCUUCAGCGCCGGCUGUGUGUCGGCGAAUUUCAGUUGCAACUUUGACUUUCAUAGCUGGAUUUCCCCAGACAGAUUUCGAUACAAAGCUAGUUAAUUAUUUGGGCGUGGCCCAAAUAGAGUAAUGGAAACGGCUUGUUUUGACGCAAAUGUGCAAUAGGCACGCAAUACGUGCUAACGUAAACAAGGCAAGUAAACAAGCGAAGCUAGGCGAAUGUCUGUCAUGCGAACGUCUUGUACAAGGUACGAGGCAUGUCGGAAAGAAAGCUCUGCUUGCACAUGGCACUUAAUCGCACUUUUACGAUCUCUAAAGUUAAUCUGAAUCUUCAGUAUUUUUGCCUCAUCGAAAUUUGGAAGUCUGAAGUCCAGGGAUGAAAUCUAUCAAAAAUAUUUGGAAUAUUAACGUCGGGUUUUGGUCACAAUGACAUCGCAAGCAACGAACUUUGAAACGCAGAAACACAAAAAACGGAUCGAAAUCCACCAAUCACAAAUCAUAAACAAUGACCUUUUGAACCCGCUGAAGAAAACUUUCGUUUCCUAAGAGGUCCGCUAAGAUGAUUGACGUCUGACAUUUUUUUAACGAGAGGAUCGAAAUGCACCAAUCAUGGAAAGACAGUUUUAAUUGCAUGUUUCCUAAGAGGUCAUCUGAAUUUGCUGUUUUCUUUAUUUUAUGUCCAUUUUUUGUGAUUGGUCGAUUUUGUUAGGUCGAGUGGAUGAUCCAAUGAGGGACGAUUUGGAUAUCGUUUGAUCCGAAAUUUUUCGAAGCAGCAGUGAGAAGCAGUUUGGGUAAGAUUUGGCUGCGGCGUUUCGGGGAACGUGUUAAUAUAUUGUUCAAUUAUGUUAUCCCGGGUUAAAUGCACACACUGUUCGCGGUAGGCCCACACUAUAAAAAUAACACUGAGUGUUUUCGGAAUGGGCUGGUCCGCGAACUCAAAGAAAAACAAAGGAAAUGAUCAAGACAUUCAAUGACAUGAAAGACUCAUGGACCCCACAGACGUAAUAACAAAUCGGAAUGUCGGGAGUGUACGUGUAAAAUGGAUAUGAGUUUUAACAGAGGAAUGUUUAACAAGUUUGAGAGUCGCAAGGUUUGUGUAGCUGGUUAUCACUGUGACAAUAGUGAUUUUGAUUUAUGCAUUACGGAGCACAACGAGUUGCCCGUGAUAAAAAUCUGUUCCGAUGAACGGGAAGAGACGAUUGUCAACAAUUGAAACCAAAACGGACUGAGGCUUCUUUUGGAACUACUGUGAUAACUGCAACAAUUCUUUUUAUUAAUUCAAUUUUGUUUAGCAGGGUGACAGUUAAUGUACUUGUUUUUGUAUUGCGUGUUGUGUUUUUUCAUACGAUGCUGUGCGUCGGGAUUUUGCUUUAUCAGCAAGUUUUGUGUUAGUGUUUUGAUGGCAGCGAGGUGACGACAAGAGAAGCUAAUGAGCUAGUUGUACAGAAGGAAAAUUGUGUUGUGGAGGAAAUAAAAGAAGUUGAUCUCGUCGUGGGAAAUUUAUUUAUAACAGAACUUACAAUUUCAUUGGUUCAAACCAGGUUAGUCCAUUAUAUUUUCGGCAUGACAAGUUACCAUAAAAUCGAGAUUGUAAUUCGAAACUCGCGUUGUUUUCAAAAUUUGCAUAAAUCGGCCGCUGCAAAGAAAUAUUUAGGUUACAUGUGCUUCGAAAUCCCGGGGGAGGCACUUGGGUAUUUUUUGGGUGGGUAUGUGCCGCCCGGGACUCCAAAUUGGCACCCCAUUCUAAAAAAAAUUUCCCUAAAAUUGAUACCCCGUUCUAGAAAUGGGCCAAUUUUUUAUAACCCGUUCUAGUAUUCGCCCUAAAACUUAUACCCCGUUCUAGAAAUGGGCCGGUUUUUUAUACUCCGUUCUAGAAAGUUUGUAAAUUCAAAUAGCCCUGUUUUUUUAAAAAGAUAUUUCUUUAUUUGUUCGACUUAUACAUCAAAUAAAUGCUUCUUCAUAAUCAGUAACAAUUUUAAGCAGAAGAUAAAGCCGUGAUCCACAAUUUUUUAUACCCCGUUCUAGAAAACGCCUCUGAAAUGGAUACCCCGUUCUAAAUCAGGAGCUUCAAAAUCACGACCCCGUUGGGCGGUAUGGGUAAUGUAUGGGAGUACCCCGGUUCGAAAUACUGUACCUUCAGAGCGGCAUAUCUUUUACUUGUUGUGCUAUAUCUUUCAAAACUAUCGAUCGAUUUUAGCUCAAAACUCUCAAAGCAGCGGUUUAAAUGUUAAAGCCCGUGGCUGGUUGAAAUCGUCUCUUGUUUGUUUUCAAACGAUUUAGGAUGGAUCGAACCGACUUUGGAUCGAUUAUUAUUUUAUCAGCUUGUGGUAUGAACGAAACCUUUUCCUUCUCGAUAAAGUUCACUCAACGAAUUUAGAAAGAUUUACUUGACUUUUCAUAUGUGGAACGAACUGACUUUUUUGUGGAACGAACUGACUAUUUUACGGAACGAUCUGACUAUUGAUUGGAACGAUCUGACUUGGAAUUAACGAUGUCAACGAUCUGACCAUGGAACAAAAUGACCGGUUACCGUCAUGCCACUAGCAGACUACCAAUGAACAAAUUAAAAUCUUUGUUACAGAAAACACGGAAAGUGACACUUUUUGUAUGGAAGAGUAUUCGGAAAAAUACACCACUGUCGUCUGAAAUUCAUCGUUACGUUAAAAGUAGAAAAGGUUUACACUUUAACAGGUACAGAAGUAACAGUAACAGUGUGAGGUUUUUAAUUAAGGGACAACUACAAAACUAGUUCGUAAACGAGGGAAGGUGUAUCUGUCGUCCAAGCAGCAGAGCACAGGCGAUUUAGGUGGAAUGAGAUAUCCAAAUAGGCUUCUAAGUAAGAAUUUGCCCCUCUGUACAUGUAAUUAUCCAUUUUAUAGUGCUUAAAACAGUUUGAAUCACCGGGUUAAUUUUGGCCAAUUUCCAAGCUUUGUAUUGAUAUAGAAAAGAAUCCAGGGCCAUCGGUUUAUGUAGAUGCUACAAAAACAAUUAAUACUCCAUACUGUCAAGGAAAUGUUACAGAAUUUGGGGAAAAUGGUGGACAACGAUGUGUCGCAACGAGUCUGUGCGCUUUAAUUUACAGUAAGAUAACAAAGAUGACUUCAGUUGAUGAUAUGACUCAAAUAAUGAUUGUUGGUAUUCAAUUAUAUUCUUAUCUGUCACUGCUUGCAAGACAAUCUAUGUCAAUGUUAACAGAAUUGCCAGGAAUGGUUACAGUGUUUGAGCAAUUUUUCCACCUUGAAUACAGUGACAGUUAUACUUGUAACAUACAUCACCACAGUAUAUGCCACUCACAGGUUACAGUAUUUCAAACACUCUUGGCACUGAACUACAACUCAUUCAUUUUAACGGUGGCAAUUAUUGGUGUUGGUAUCUACAGCACUAAGGCUGGGGUAUAUAAUGUAUUUGAUUCUCAUGCUAGAGAUAUGUAUCAUAACAGUCAUAGUGAAGGGACAUGUGUAUUGUUGGAAAUACCAUCAAUGCAUAAAUUAGUACAAUAUUUUCAGACUCUGCAUAGGAAUGAGGAUAUAUAUGAACUUAAAGGUGUACAUAUUGCCGCCUUUGAACCUCAUCUUUUCUCAAGCAAUGUUGAAAAUUGUAGUAUAUCAAAUGUUAAUAGUUACCAAUGUUCCUGUAAACACUGCUGCCCUAUAGCAGUUUAUGCAAUGUGUUACUGUCUUAUUAUUCCUUGUGGAUACUGGACUUAAGGAACUUUAUUUGCCCUUGUUAGUAACCGGAAUACACCAUGCAAAGUUAUGGGUGUGAAAACACAUCUGUCAGUAUCAGUGGAGCUGAGAUAAACCUUACUCUCCGGGCUGUAAACACUGAUGUCCUAUGUUGCAAUUUGGCUCCAAGCAUGUCUGCAUUGAAGAUGUGUAUAUUUUCAAACACUGUCGUGAAAUGACACUAUUUUUGUUGUGGAUUGGGACAUACUGUAUUAGUUGUGUGGUUCAGCAAACAAGUGGAGUAAAGGAUUUGUCUUCUCUGGUAAGAAAUGAUGACAGUUCUUUAGCUGCAAUAAGGCACGUUCAAAGUAUCAUACCCGUAGUACGACCACGCCCAAAUAUACGCUCACACAGCGUCUUGUUUCUUUUAAAAAUAGUGUUACUUGUUGUUUUAAAGGAAUUACAGUCAAAUUUUCUCAUUUCAACUUUACGUUUAUUUCAAAAAUUGUCACAUAAAUAAGUAUGUGUAAUCAAAUGGUGACGAGUGAAAUUAGGGAAUAAUUUCACGCGCGUUUUGUCCAAAUCCUUAUAAUUUCCCGAGCCUUCGAGGGAAAUUAUAAGGAUUUGAACAAAAGGCGCGUGAAAUUGUUCCCUAAUUUCACGAGUAUACCAUUUGAUUACCUAUUAAUAUCAUGGGUGACGAAUUACUUUAGCAAUCGAGGAUUUUUGACUUGUUUAUCCUGGAUCGAUCGAUCGUGAACUCCACUCUCUCAAACGUUUAGAGCUGAAAUUUGGCUUAAGUUUUCAGAAUUUUUCGACAACAUAACUCUAAGAAUCCUUCUUGAUGUGCUCUUUCGUGUGUUCAGGUUUUCUAAAGCGUCUUUUUAUGCCCUGACAUCUUCAUUCAUGACAUUUUAAAACUUCGUCGCCAUCUUGAAACGUACGGCAGGUUGCCAUGGCAAUUUAGUAAUUUAACAUGUGAAAUUACAAAUUAACGCUGAAAUUUCGCGCCAAAAUUAAGGAGUAAUUCGUCACCUAUGAUGUUAGCUUGAUAAUUGUUUCAUUCAUUUAGUUUUAGCGUUUUUUUAGAGUCUUUUUAGUUGGUGUUUAUAGUUGCAGCUAUAGUUUUCCCUCAAAGUUUUUACCAGAAUAACAACGAAAAACGUUUUGCAAUUUACCUGAAGACGGAGAACAGUUGAUUCAGCGAAAGAAAAACUCAAAGGCAAGUUUUUGAAAAACAUAGAACAUGAUUUGUUUACGCGCGGGUAGAUGGCAGCAUACAUGAACUCGCACCGAUGACUCAACCGAAGGCAAAUGGAAAAAAAUGUUUUUCUCUUUCGAUUAUGUUAUAAAAGAAAUGGUAAACCUUGCAGCUGUGCAACCAUGGAGUUAUGGAUGCACUUGGGAGGUUUCCUAAACACUCAAGAAGCUAGAGUCGCACUCGGCUAUCGCCUCGUGCGACUCUUACCCUUCUUUCGUGCUUAGCAACCUCCCGCGUGCAUCCAUAACUCCAUUGUUGCACGCUGCACGUUUACCAUUUCUUAAUUGUAAUUCUUUCUCUGUCUCAAAUACACAGGAUAAAAAUUGACUUUUUAAUACCUCCCUAAAGAG